CGAGGAGUACCGCGACCUGCUGCGGAUGAUGCUGCUGGAAGGAGGUCGGCUGGUGCUGCUGUGGGGCGUGCGACUGAACUCGGUGGACGGCGUGUGGUGCCAGACACUGCAGAUUUGGGAUGUGUUGUCGGUUCCCAAGAAGGCCAAGGCGUUGCUGCAGUGGGUACGGCGCAUCCAAGCCGAAUACGACACCUCCACGGAGGAGCACCUGGACGCCCUGCGCUGGCUAAACCCUCCUGACUCGGAGGGCGUGUGUGUUCCCCGUCGCUGGCCACAAGGUCUCAACUUCGCCAGGACACGUCGGACGUCAC